UGAUAAAAUACUCUGAGCAUAUGGACCUCCUGUGGUCAGACUCUGGUUGGUGUGUUCCGCAGAAAGCAUUAUCAUGGCACCUGUCCUGCUGUGCGUGCUGGUUUGGACAGCGUUUGCCUGGUCUCCAACCCACGCCCACCUCAACGAAACCAUCUACGCCGUGACUGUGAGCUCCAGGGUGACUGGAGGGGCAUCUGAGACGCUGUGCGCCCACGUCCUUUCCCCCCCGGAGCCGCUGGCCCUCAGGGUGACUCUGGAGGCGCAGUCCGGGAGCACCGUCAUCCUGGAGGAGACGGUUUCCACGGAUUACUACGGCUGCUCCACCUUUCAGGUUCCCAUUGUGACCAGCAGCACGGUGGCCACGGUCAAUGUGACCAUCCAGGGGGAGAGUGCCGUCAUGAGCAAGAAGACCAAGGUCCUCAUCGCCCCUCCAGCCUUCCUUCAUCUGAUCGUGACGGACAAGCCGCUCUACAAGCCUGGACAGACUGUCCAGUUCCGGAUCGUCUCCAUGGACGCUGGCUUCAUCCCUUUCAAUGAGCUGUAUAAAACAGUUGAGCUUCAGGACCCCAACAGAAACCGCAUCGCGCAGUGGCUGGAUAGGGCCGCCGUCAGUGGCAUCCUGGACCUCUCUCACCCCAUGAGUCCAGAGGCCGCCCAGGGACCCUACACCAUCACCGCCUGGACGGAGAAAGGAGAGAGCACCUCUCGCUCCUUUGACAUCAAGGAAUACGUUUUGCCAAAAUAUGCCGUCAACAUUAGACUACCUAAUGUCAUAAAUAUUUUACACCAAGAAGUACCCAUACAAAUUUGUGGAAGAUACACCUAUGGAAAGCCUGUCCUUGGGUCCAUCAAGGUGGUAGGUUGUAGAGAGGGCCAGGGCCUUUUUUCAUGGCAUUAUUCUGAAAAGCAAGAAGACAUCUGUGUGACAUCACAACUGCAGACGGACAGAACGGGCUGUGCAACGCACUUCAUUAGGGUAUCAGCAUUUGGCCCAAGAGAUCAAACGUACCGGGACAUGUUUGAGGUGACGGCUGAAAUGGAGGAGUAUGGCACUGGGGUGGUCAUUCAAGCCAGUGGCCAAACGCCCUUCUCUGUUAAUGUCAGAGAACUCACAUUUGAGAAUGUUGCAGAUAAUACUGCCUAUAAGCCAGGGAUCCCAUUCGAGGGCAAGGUCAAGCUGACUGGAAUAGACAGGAAGGCGGUGGGGGACGAGGUGGUAUAUCUAUACGUGGACGUCAAUGCAGCGUCGUACAACCUCACACUUCUGACCCAAGACAACGGCAUGGCUUCUUUCUCCCUGGACACCUCCCUGUGGAAGAACAGCGUGGUUCUUACGGCAAGCUCUAGACCCAAGGAAGAACGGCAGUCAUUUGUGCAUGGGGAACGCCUGCCUGCAUACCCCUCGGCAGAACUGACUAUGGGGCCGUUCUACUCUAAGAGCAAGAGCUUUGUGAAGAUCUCAGCCAACGGCUACAAGAGCCUCUGUGAGGGGGAGUCCCAGGUGGGCGCCCAGUACAUCAUCCAGGGCGAGGAGCUUAGGCCGGGGCAGGAGGAACUGCCCUUCUACUACACUGUGAUGUCCAAGGGUGCAAUAAUGAGGCACGGGCAUCUUCCAGUUGCUGUAAAAGAAGGAAUCGUCAACAAAGGAGUGCUAUCCAUCCCCCUGCUUGGAAAAGCUGCCCUCAGCCCAUAUGCCCAAGUGGUGGUGUACACUUUGAUGCCAAGUGGGGAGGUGUUGGCGGAUAACAAGAACUUCCCAGUGGACCAGUGCUUCGAGAAUAGGGUGAAGCUGGAGUUCUCAGCAGAUCGAGAGCUGCCUGGAGGAGAGACCUCGUUUCGCCUGGAGGGCAAGCCAGGAUCCUUGUGCUCCGUCAGGGCGGUGGACCAGAGCGUCCUUCUGCUGCAGCCGGAUCAGGAGCUCAGCGCUUCUUAUGUGUUCAACAAGCUGCCUGUGCAGAAGCUGAGUGGCUUCAGCUACCAAGUGGAGGACCGUGAGCCGGAUCCCUGCUCACAGUCCGGGCAAGAGAUGGAGGAAUCCACCGCGAAGGACGACGUCUACAAGGUUUUUAAAGAAAUUGGAAUAAAACUUGUGACCAACUCUGAGGUGAAGAAACCAGCCGCCUGUUUGUACCCUGAAUAUCAGCAUUUUCCUAUGAAUUAUGAUGAAUUCGAAUUUAUGAUGUCUCAUGGCGUUGUUCAAGAAUCCGACUCAUCGAUGCACUUGAAGCCCAUGAAAAAAAAACGGGAAAAAAUAGAAACUGUGAGAAGCUACUUCCCUGACACCUGGAUCUGGGAGCUGAUCGCUGUCGGAGACAGCGGGUCGGUGAGCGUGGUGAAGACGCUCCCUGACACCAUCACCAGCUGGCGGGCCCAGGCCUUCUGCACCUCCUCCUCCCUGGGCUUCGGCCUGUCCCGGGACAAGGCGCUGGUGGCCUUCCAGCCCUUCUUCGUCAGCCUGACGCUGCCCUACUCGGUGGUCCGAGGGGAGGUGUUCAAGCUCAGAGCCACCGUCUUCAACUACCUCCCUAGCUGCAUCAUGGUCAGGGUCCAGCUGAGCAACUCGUCCCACUUCUCCCUCAGAGAGUGUGCGGACUGCCAGUACACCAUGUGUGUGUGUGCAGAGGAGAGCAGGGUUUUCCAGUGGGAGGUCAGCCCCUCCUCCCUUGGGGAGGUGACCCUGGAGGUCCGGGCCGAGGCGCUGCACACGGAGCAACUGUGUGGGAACGAGGUGGCGCCCCCGCCCACGGUGGGCCGGGUGGACACAGUGGUGCGCAAACUACUGGUGGAGGCAGAAGGCACCCCAGUGGCUGUUACCCACAAUGUACUCCUCUGUCCUGGAGCAGAGAAGCCAGCAGAGAAGAACAUCUCUCUCCUGCUGCCAGACCUGUUUGUGGCUGGUUCUGCCAGGGCCUCUUUCUCUGUGUUGGGGGACCUGAUGGGCCGGGCCAUGAAGAACCUGGACAAACUGCUGGCCAUGCCGUACGGCUGCGGGGAGCAGAACAUGAUCCUAUUCGCCCCAAACAUCUACAUCCUCAACUACCUGACCAGCACCGCACAGCUGACACACGCCAUCAAGGAGCGGUCCACGCGCUUCCUGGAGAGCGGCUACCAGAGAGAGCUCACCUACCGGCAUGACGAUGGCUCCUACAGUGCUUUUGGCAAGAGCGACGCGUCUGGAAACACCUGGGGGCACGCGCACUGGAAGCAGGCGGAGGCCUCUGAGAAGGUUCUGGACUCCCUGGAGGUUGAGAUGACGGCCUACGUACUGCUUGCGGUUCUCUCCGGACCCCCGGUGCCGGGCUUCGACCUAGACUAUGCCUCCAGCAUCACACGCUGGCUCAUCCAACAGCAGAACCCCUACGGCGGCUUCGCCUCUACGCAGGACACGGUGGUGGCCCUCCAGGCCCUGGCCCGCUACGGCGCUGCCACCUACAGCUCGGAGGGCGCCUGCGUGGUGGGGCUGAGCUCGCUGGGCGGGGCCAGCUGGCAGUUCACCGUGGACCAGAGCACACGGCUGCUGUACCAGGAGCAGGCGCUGGACCGCCUGCCCGGGGACUACCGCAUCACGGCCCAGGGGCAGGGCUGUGUCCAGGCACAGAUCGCCAUGCGUUACAACAUCCCCCCUCCUGGUGACUUCAGUUCCUUCCACAUCGCCGCAACAACGACCGCUGUGUGUAACAGCACCCGGCCCACACUGACCAUCAGAGUGGACCUCAGGUACCAAGGUAGGAGAGAGGAGACCAACAUGGUGAUCAUCAACCUCAAGCUCCUGUCAGGCUAUGGCCUUCAGCAGAGCACUCUGCAGGAGCUGAAGAGAGAGAGCAGUGUGAAGCGUGUGGACUUUGAAGAGGGCUACAUCAACAUCUACCUCGACGGCCUGAAGAAGGAGGUGUUGAGGAGCUACAGCGUGACCCUGGAGGAGGAGGAGGCCGUCAGGAAGCUGAGGCCGGCCGUGGUGAAGGUGUACGACUACUACCAGACAAGUGACGAGGCAGUGGCAGACUACUCCUCCCCUUGUGCGGAGCGUGAUGAUGUGAAUGAUCUACUAUUGGAACGAUUGGAGCCACCAACAAGAAGCACAUCAAUCAAAUUAAAGCCGGACUAAUGGUUGUGCUACAUUGUUAAUUGUAGCCAGUGAAUUCUUUGAAUGACAUGAGAUUUAAUUUCAACAUAUACACUUUAAAAAAGAGGAAAUUGCCAAGAUGACAUGCAUUCAAGAAAGCCAAUGUUUAUUCAAUUACAAUUCUGUCUUUUAAUCGAUAAAGAUAAUCCAUCGUUUCCAUUGGCGUGACAGUGAGCUAUGAAACAAGGUACCGUAAACACAAUAAUGGUCUAACAGUCGACUGGGAUUGAAUGGAUCCGAACGACGGAAACAAACCAAUAUUACAAAACAGCUUAGGUAGAAGUUUGUCUGCACAGGCUGGGUGAUUACAGGUGAAUUGUGAUUGUGAUUUCAUGUAGUGUGCCUUGCUCUACAUUUUAUUCUCUUUCUAACAUAUUAUAUUAAUUCAUCACUACCAUAGUUUAAAUUUCGCCACAAUAAUAUCUUUAAAUGACAAAAUACAAAUAUCUGUUUCCCUCGUACAACACUGUUUGAUUUUCAAUGGAACCCAUCUUUUUUAGAAAGUUUGGAUCCAUUUUGGUUUAUAUAAAAUGUGUUUGUGUGUCCUCUGUUGGCUCCCUUUUUAAAUACAAAAAAACAAGUAGAACAUGUAGAAAUUAAUUAUCCAACCCUUACAUACUAAACCUCUUAAUAAAAUACAUGUGAAAUGUAGUUUUUCAUAACUUUCUAAUUACACGAGCGUAACUGACCUGUCAAUCAUACCAGAGAAACACCAACAACAUUUGAGCCUUGAUGACCAAUUAAUGAAACAAAAGUGAAAGUACCACUUGAGCCAGACACUGAAGACAGGAAGUAAUGGAUCAAUGUAUGUAUCGGACUGUUAAUCCAUAUAUAAUAAAAAGGUUGUAAGGUGGCAUCCAUUGUUUUGAGAAAGAGGAGCU